UGUUCUUAAAACUUCUACUUUACUCGAAAUUUUCUUCUCAUCAAACUACGUUGAUAACCACUUCAUUUUAAUCAAGUGUCUGUGUUUGUGUUGUUGUAGUUCAAACUUCAAUGUUUUCUUGUACUUGCUUAUUGUUUCAUGUACGUAGAUAAAUUUUCAAUUGAGCGAAUAAUACUCGUGUUUACAAUUAGCAUUAUAUUCGUGUUCAUAUCGCGUCUAGAUCUGAUUAAAUUAAAUUUUCGAUUUCACUUUUCUGGCCCGCUGUUUACAUACUCAUCGCAGUCAUGUGUGCCAAAAUGGCUUUUCAGCACCAAGCGGGUACUGCUAUGGAGUGCCUUAGCAUCCCCAUAACACUACAGAAAGAACCAGGAAUUGAUGCCGAUGGAAGAGAAGUGUUAAAAUGUGGUUUUAAAAUCGGCGGCGGUAUUGAUCAAGAUUAUAGAAAAAGUCCGCAGGGAUAUACGGAUAAUGGUAUUUACGUCACAGAAGUACACGAAGGCAGUCCUGCAGCAAAAUCUGGUUUAAGAACUCAUGACAAAAUUUUACAGUGCAACGGAUACGAUUUCACUAUGGUUACUCAUAAAAAAGCAGUCGAUUAUAUUAAGAAACAUCCUAAACUAAAUUUAUUGGUAGCUCGAAAAGGAGUUACUUCAACUUGACGUAAAGUAUACAUUCCUGGCUCCCAAUCGUUACAACAAUUAUUCGAAAUGGAUAUUUCGUGUUAUAUUUAAUGUCGUCGUUUUAUAAAUCAAGUACAAAUCGUGAACAAUUUUACGGCUGAUAACCUCUGCGUAUUUUCGUUCCCACCGAAACGCCAAAAAUCUCAAAUGCAUUCCUGAAAGCAACGAAUUCAAAAUGUUUACCAUUAUAUUUAUGUUUCGUGAAGUCAACCCGAUUCUAUUUCGAUUAUUUUUUUAUGUUUUUUAAUUUUUUAACGCUUUGUACAAAUUAUUUUUUAAAAACAAUAUUUCGACAUUGAUCGUCCUAAUAUCAUACGUAUUUAUGGGGAAAAUCAUGACAUGAUUCUUAGUUUCGCGAUUCGAAGGUUUGCGACUGUUGUACAAGUACUUUAUGCUAGCGUAGGUAAUUUAAAAUAUUUAUUUUGUUACUAGUUCCAAAGAAACGCUUUGUUUUGUUAUAAAAUUUCUAUUGUUUUUUUAUUUUUCAUUUACCUAAAUUAUUAAAUUAUUACUACGAAA